GGCUGCGAGUGCGACAUGGCGGCGGCGCGGGCGCUGCUGCGGCUGCUGCUCCCGCCGCUGCUGCUCCUGGUGCUGCCGGGCCCGGCGGGGGCCGUGUGGCCGCAGCCCCAGGCCCAGCACUCCCCGCCCGGCGGCGGUCGCUGUCCGCUGCCUCCCGGCCAAUUCCGCUUCGCCGCCGCGGACGGCUCGGCCGUGGGGCCGGGCUGCGAUGUGCUGGACUCCGCCUUCCAGCGGUACCGGGCGCUGCUCUUCGCCCGCCCGACCGAGAAUGAACCACCCUGGGGGACACCCUGCACUCAGCUCCUCGUCUACGUUGCCAUGCCAGGCUGUGAUGGGUUUCCCAACCUGGACUCCAAGGAGAGCUAUAAGCUGAUCGUGUCCAAGGGCUCCAUGCUGCUCUCUGCUGAGGCCAUCUGGGGAGUUCUCCGAGGCCUGGAAACGUUCAGCCAGCUCGUUGGGAGAGACGAGAACGGCACAUACUACAUCAAUGAGACAGAAAUUGUGGACUUUCCCCGCUUCCCUCACCGGGGACUGUUGCUGGACACCUCUCGUCACUACCUGCCCCUGAGAGCCAUCCUGGAAACUCUGGACGUCAUGGCUUACAACAAGUUCAACGUGUUUCACUGGCACAUUGUGGAUGACCCCUCUUUCCCCUAUGAGAGCUCGACAUUCCCAGAGCUCAGCAAGAAGGGAGCCUUCAAUGCCAUGACCCACGUGUACACUGCCAGCGACGUGCGCGCCGUGAUCGACUACGCCCGGCUGCGUGGCAUCAGGGUCAUCCCAGAGUUCGACACUCCCGGCCACACCCUCUCCUGGGGUCCAGGUGCUCCAGGCCUCCUGACUCCCUGCUAUGUGGUCCAGGAGCCUUCUGGAACCUAUGGGCCCAUCAACCCCAUCCUUAACAGCACCUACGAGUUUGUGACCAGUUUGUUCCAGGAGGUCAGCUCUGUGUUCCCAGACUUCUUUCUCCACCUCGGUGGUGAUGAGGUGGAUUUCACAUGCUGGAGAUCCAAUCCAAAAAUUCAAGCUUUCAUGAAGGAGAUGGACUUUGGUGAUGAUUACAAAAAAUUAGAGUCUUUGUACAUCCAGAGGCUUCUGGAAAUCGUCUCUUCCCUCGGCAAAGGUUAUAUCGUGUGGCAGGAGGUCUUUGACAACGACGUGGUGGUGAGGCCGGACACCAUCAUCCAUGUGUGGAAAGAGAACCUCCUCACGCCAUACAAGGAGGAGAUGGCCAAUGUCACCAGGGCUGGCUACCAUGCCCUGCUCUCUGCGCCCUGGUACCUCAACCGCAUCUCCUACGGGCAGGACUGGAUGGAAGCCUACAGGGUGGAGCCCUUGGACUUCAGAGGCAGCCCUGAGCAGAAGGCCCUGGUGAUCGGUGGCGAGGCCUGUAUGUGGGGUGAAUACGUGGACGUCACCAACCUGACCCCCAGGCUCUGGCCGAGAGCUGGGGCCGUAGCUGAGAGGCUGUGGAGCAACAGCACCGUCAGGAACAUGGACGAUGCCUACGCCCGGCUGUCGGAGUUCCGCUGCACACUGCUUGGGCGUGGUGUCCAGGCACAGCCUCUCUACGUAGGAUACUGUGAAAAUGAGUUUGGUGAGGUCUGAAGGGAGAGCCCUGCUGCCCUCGGUCACCGUACACGCAGGAGGAAUGAUUUCCACCCCUCAAAAACUGCUGUUUUGGCAAAAGGGACCCCUUCCUGCCCCACCUUCUGCUUUGUCUUUGUUGCAAUGAACAUUUUUUUGCCUUGGUGUGCACUCUCACCUCUCUUUCUAUUUUUAUUUCUUUAAAUCUAUAAAUAAAUGACCCCAAAGAGGAAAAAGGUGCCUUUUCCUGCUCAGCUGGGGCUUGGGAGACCAUGCAGGGGUUAUUGUUAGCAGGAGAUGGGUAGGGCUUGCUCCAGAGAUGCCAGUGGAGGAGCAUCUUCCCGGCAGCUCCUGAGCUUGCAGGGUGCCUGCUCAGCUGGAUAAACUGUGCUUAGUCUCUGCUGCUGUCACAGGGUUUUCUUCUGCAGUCACGCUGUGCUCUGGGUUCCUGUCCUUGUCCCUUCUCUCUCCAAUGUCCAGACAGGACGUUGGCCUGCAAACCACCACCUCUGCUGCCCCAAGCCCUGGCUGCUGCCACCUCCUCUGGCUUCUCCUCAGCAGAUGACACCCUGGAGCCUCUCCAAGGAGCCCUUGCAAACCUGCUGAGGGGUGCAUGGAUAUUGUGGAAUCACUGCUCAGCCUUUCAGACCGUCACCUCUGCUCAGGAUUUGGCCAGCUGACCCAACUCUCCUCCUGCUCUGUUGUCCUCAGGAUGAGGAGCUCAGCUCUAGGUAUCCUCCAUCCACAGGGGUUUCUUUGGAUGGUGUUUUCCUUGGAGAAGAAACCAGUGAUGCUGCUGUCCCACAGAACUGGGACAGGUGUGAUUGUUGUCCUCUGGUGCCGUGCUGGAAACAGUGUUCAGCUGAAAGUAGGGAAUCUCUGAGAGAAAUCCUGGCUGGAUGGGACUAUUGUGUGUGUGUGUCUUGGUCUUAACUGAGUGAGAUCCUCUGUUAUGGCUGGAAACCUUUUAUGGUUGAAAUUUAAAUUAAAAAUAGUGAAUUAACAGUUA